CACUUGCAAAGUCAUCCCCACGCCGCCGCCGCACAACACCGUCAAUCUCUCUUCAAUAUGGGGAUUGAUCUCAACCGGCAUCAUGUUCGAGACGGGCACCGCAAGGUCCCUAAGUCCACGAAUCCAUACGUGAAGCUUUUGGUCCGACUGUACAAGUUCCUCGCUCGCCGCACUGAUUCCCCUUUCAACAAGACCGUCCUCCGAAGGCUCAUGAUGUCCAAGAUCAACCGCCCGCCUAUGAGCUUGUCGAAGAUCGUUGCGACCGCCGCCAACAAGCAGUCCAAGGACGCUCACGAGGGCAAGACCAUCGUCGUGGUUGGAACUGUCACUGAUGAUAACCGCCUUUACGUGGUCCCCAAGCUCUCCGUUGCCGCUAUGCGCUUUACCUCAACUGCCCGCGCCCGUAUUGAGAAGACCGGCGGCGAGUGCCUCACCAUGGACGAGGUUGCCUUGAGGGCCCCGACUGGUGCCAACACUCUCCUUCUCCGCGGACCUAAGAACUCCCGUGAGGCCGUCAAGCAUUUCGGAUUUGGCCCACAUUCGCACAAGAAACCUUAUGUCGAGAGCAAGGGACGUAAGUUCGAACGCGCUCGUGGCCGCAGAAGGUCUAGGGGUUUCAAGGUCUAAGCGGUGUUGGGAACAUAUGGUUUAUUUGGCUCGUCGGCUUGGGCAUGGUCAGCGGGAUUCCUUCACAUGGCGCGUAUCAUGUCCGGCGAUGGCUCCUUUACGGAUUACAAAAAUGAUACUCCACAUCCAGAUAUGCAAUGAAAGUGGUCGUAAACUCUUG